AUGGAGGAACAAGGACCAGGAAAGGAGUUCGACUGUGAGAAAAGAGCUCGUCUAAUUGCAGCCAUCCAAGACCUGCUCCAGGAUCACCCUACUUCCUCUGCUUUAUGGGCAUGUCUCUGGCUAGCCGAUGUUCCCCGACUAGAAAAGCUCGUUGAGGAUGCUUCUGUUCCUGCUGAGAUAGGGAACCCAAAUCUCACUUUUGACGGUCUCAUUUCAUUUAAAUUCCGCAACAUUGUCCUGUCAUGGUCUCAACGAAACCGUGUGACUCCCUCUACUCCAAACCAAUCCACAAGCCCUACGGGAACAUCAAGCGCACUCCACCGCUUAGCUGCUAUAAAUCAAGCAGCGCCACACACCAAGGACGCAGGGGAAGGGACCGAACAGGCUACAUUGGCAUCUCAUACACCGCCUCGACCUACAAAACGCCGACGAGUGAGCAGCCGGUCUCCCUCGCCAUCUACGUGUAUAAUAACUAAAGCCUAUGAUCCGAUCGAUGUGGCCCAUAUUUAUCCCUACUCGAUGCGCAACGUUGUGGUAGGAGGAUCCAAUUCAUCCUUCUGGAAUCUUUUAAGUUUUUUCUGGACUGAACCACACAUCCGCUCCUGGUAUGCAUCUGUGUUUCCGAGGGGAACCGAGGUGGUCUCGAACCUCCUCUGUCUUGCUCCCCAAAUGCACAGGUAUCAUGAAAAGGCUUUGUUUGCCCUACAGCCCAUCAAUUUGUCGGAGGAUAAGAAAUGCAUGACUUUGAGAUUUUACUGGCUUCCCAAACGCAACUUUUCCAACUCUGUCAAUCUAUCGGAUCCCCCAACUAUCCCUUCAAAUCUUAGCGGUUUAGGCCAGGAACAUAAGGCGUGGCAUAUACAAACGGAAAAGAAGAUAAGCUCAGGGGACAAAAUUAUCAUGGAAACAGAUGAUCCGGACAAUUUCCCCUUACCUGACUGGAACCUUAUGGACAUGCAAUGGAUACUGCAGCGUCUCGCGUCGUUAAGUGCCGCUGCAGAUAUUCUCCACGAAGAUUAUGAUGAUGAUGACAGCAGUGGAAUUGAGUGGGGUGACAACCUGAGCUGUGGCCAGUGGGAAGAAGAAGAUGAACUUGUUCGCAUUCGUAGAAGUGUGGGCUCAUCGGAUCAGGAGGUAGAAAAUCAGGAGCUCAUUGCCCCUUCCCCUGACAUUCAAAAGUCUACCGCUGCCCCUACGCCUCUAUAUGUUCCUUCUACCCACUGUUAA